ACCAAUAUGGUCCGCUUGGAGGCGAUUGUCGCUCUUUUUUGAACCAAAUUGACGUCACGCAAGUAGUAUCUACGCCAUUUUACACAAAAUAUGGAGGACAAGGCGUCGUUAAAGGAACUGGAUCAAUGGAUAGAACAGCUAAACGAAUGCAAGCAAUUGACAGAAAAUCAAGUGAAAACGUUGUGCGAUAAGGCAAAAGAGAUUCUAACGAAAGAGUCGAACGUCCAAGAGGUACAAUGCCCGGUCACCGUUUGCGGGGACGUGCACGGCCAGUUCCACGAUCUGAUGGAGCUGUUCCGCAUCGGCGGCCGAUCCCCGGACACCAACUACCUGUUCAUGGGCGACUAUGUCGACCGCGGCUACUACAGCGUCGAGACGGUCACGCUGCUCGUUGCACUUAAGGUCAGAUACCGCGAGAGAAUAACGAUCCUCCGCGGCAACCACGAGUCGCGUCAGAUCACGCAAGUGUACGGCUUCUACGACGAGUGCCUCCGCAAAUACGGCAACGCGUCCGUAUGGAGGCACUUUACGGAUCUGUUCGACUUCCUGCCGCUAACCGCAUUGGUUGACGGUCAGAUCUUCUGCCUGCACGGCGGGCUCAGUCCGUCGAUCGACACGCUCGACCACAUCAGGGCGCUGGACCGCGUGCAGGAGGUGCCGCACGAGGGGCCCAUGUGCGACCUGCUCUGGAGUGACCCCGAUGAUAGAGGCGGAUGGGGAAUAUCGCCGCGCGGCGCCGGCUACACGUUCGGGCAGGACAUCUCGGAGACGUUCAACCACAGCAACGGGCUGACGCUCGUGUCGCGCGCCCACCAGCUCGUGAUGGAAGGCUACAACUGGUGCCACGACCGCAACGUCGUCACCAUAUUCUCCGCGCCCAACUAUUGCUACAGAUGUGGUAACCAAGCCGCUAUUAUGGAAUUGGAUGAUGCGCUUAAGUACUCGUUCCUUCAAUUCGACCCGGCUCCGAGACGCGGCGAGCCUCAUGUGACGAGGCGGACGCCGGAUUACUUCAUGUAGGCUGCCCCUAGUGGCGACGUCCACGCGGCAGCAGUGGCGGGCGGGCGGCGCGUGUCGCGGCUGCGGCCCCGCGCCCGCUCGCGCCCGCGGCGGUUCAUCUUCAUCUUCCUGCACUCGCGCCCGCCACGCGCCGCCCACUGACACCCGCAACCCCCGCAACCCCGUCAACCCCGUCAACCACCGACACAUGGCAACCGCGUCGAGACUCGAACGUAUAGCAACCGUGUCGACCCCUAAACCAACUGCAAGUGUGUUCAAUUGGAUAACUACGUCGAGACACGGACAUAUAGCAACCGUGUCGACCCCUAGCCCAACUGCAAGCGUGUUCAAUUGGAUAACUACGUCGAGACACGGACAUGCAGCUAGCGUGUCGACCCCCGGACACAUAGUAACCGUGUCUAUAUCUGACCGGCAACCCAUGUCGAUACUUGGACAUAUAGCAAGCGUGUUGACUCCAUGUCACCUAAACAAGCGUAUCGACCCUAGAACUUUGUCGACUUGUGCAACCCCGUCGACCCCCAUCAACCUAGCAACGUGUCAACCUCUAAACCAACCGCAAGUGCGUCAACCCCCUAGAUCCCUAACAAGCGUGUCCACUUGGAAAACUGUGUCGACCCCUUGCAAACGUAACCGUAUCAACCCCCACAAGUCUUGUAACUCUAUUGAUUUUAAACAACGGAGUACAGCUGCGACGCAGCGCUGUUUGUAUUUGUGUUUAGCGGUUAUGUGAAUUUAAAUUUUAUGCACUUGUUAUCUGUGGCAUGAACUUGCAGCGCCUCUAGCGGCCGUGAGAAGUAUUAAAUAUUAUAUAAUAUCAUAAAUAACUUUUUAAUUGUUAAUUUUAUUUGUAUAAUUUAACAAAAAAAUUGUUUUUUAGCAUGUAAAUGAACUCGAAAUAAUAUAAAAUAUUAUUAUAUAAAUUCUAGUUUGUAUAUUGCUAAUAUACAAGUUUUGUUUCCAUUUACUUAGGAUCUUUUUAAAAUGUGAACUAUUAGCCAAAGCUUAUAUGAUCAUCAAUAUAAUUUUGGCUGAACAAUAAUGUAUUACAAUUUACGAUUGCUAUUUGUAUAAAAAUAUUCAGAAGUUUUAUUAUCUUUAAAUUAUUUUUUAUAUUUAUGUAACUCACAUAACUGCUAGAUACGUUCUAAAAAUGCAAUACAAGUAUCGAAUAUUGUUAAGGUUACGUAGUGGUUGACGCGUUAUCUUCUAUAUUAAAUAAUUCUUACCUAAAUAAAUGUGUCGAUACCAUGAAAUAACCAAUCUGUAUAUCGCUUGUGUGAUCGCUUAUGAGGGUAGUCUACGAAAUAGUCCCAUUUAGUACAGGGGCCGUAUUAUGACCUAGUUCAAUUCACGGCGUAAACUGACUGGAAAUAAGAGGUCAUAAUACGGCCCCUGACCACUCUUUAGAGCGAUUUUGUUCAAUAUAAACUGUAGUGUCGACGAUUUCAAAUAUAAUAAAUUGAAACGUGCGUCCAUUUGAGAGAUUUUUUAUACUUUACAUGACGUAAAACGGUUGGAUUAAUAUGUCGUCGACGGAUCUUUCACACUAAAGGCUAUGCGUGUGUUCUAUACGUUAUUAUAAAGUGAAUGUGCGUCUGUUUAAUAGGACUUGUGUAUACAAUAUACAUAUGUAUUACAUAUUGAUUGCCGGAGACUGAACUUCAAGGAAGAGUUGGCCUCGAUAAUGUGGCGUUUGGAAAAUGUAUAACUAAGUAUGCGGCGGUUUAUAGCGUUUACUUGAUGAACAAUUAUUAUUUUUUUUAAUUUUUAUUAUUAUCAUUAUGUAUUGUAUAAAACUUAUUUAUUUAGGUAUAUCUACUUAGAACACACGCGUACUCUUUGGACCUAAGUAGUUGUCAAAUUUAAUUCUCACAUUUUACGUUAUAAACGAUCUGUUGUAAUAUAAAAGAAAAAAUGUUAUUCUAUAGUGCGUGUUCGUAAUUUUAAAUGAAAGAUGGUGGCUUGCUUGUAACGUGUUUAAUGCGAGCAAUAAAAUGAUAAUUAUUUGCAAAAGAUAAAUCUUUCAGUCACGCGUGUGCAUCCGUGGGCCUUAGCAUUCUAUUGCUUGCAUUGAAAAAAAAAGGAAAUCCAAAAUGGCGGCGGGACUCCAAAUUCAAAUGUCAGCAGUGCGUUGCUAAAACUUGCCUUCCGCGCGACAUUAUGCUGGUAUGUUCAUUUUCACAAGGACGGACGGCGCGAACACUGUAUAUGUAUUACUUAUGUAUCAAAGACAAUUUAGACCUCAUUAAAAAGCGUACAUUUGCUAAAAAGUCGUUUUAUUUUCUACCAACUCGGAAUGGACAUACCACCAUACAAUGAAAUUAGACAGGUGGCAUUUUCUCAUCUAAAUGUUUAGUUCGCGUUCGCAAUGUUCCGUUUUCUAUCGGUUAUUAUAAAUUUACAUUAAUUAACAGAAAUAUUGAUAUGUAUUUUUCAGUUUGAUAUUAUUUUUGUGUUAGUAUCGUAUGCUUCGCUCGAGCACAAUAAAAUGACGGGUACAUUCGUCUCUGUAAUAAAAAUAACAAUAAGCAUUUAUUUUCGUGACAGAAUGGCUGAUUGCGCCGUAUAUUUAAUAUAUUCGCGUGACUUAGUCAAAGUAUUAAAAAUAUUAUAAUAUAAUGAAGGUUAUUAUUGGCGUAUCGCCUCAUUCUGUCAUGAGAUCCGAUUGCAUUUUUUUGAAAUUGAGUUUGUUCAAAAUUCCCUCCUGUUGUGCCACAGUACCUGUAUAACAUGGAAUAAAUGUUUCACAAGCGUGGAGCUUUAAUAGUUUCGUUUAUUAUUAUAAUAUUCAUUCGAUUAUUAUUUUAGGUAAUUAUGUAAAUACCUAUGGAUGAAGGCAUUGCGUAGGUCGUUAGUGGAGAUAAGCUCGAAAAUAUUCCCCUCCCCUGUACUCUGGCGAAACGAAAUGCGAAGUGAACAACUUAUUAUAAUAAUGUAUAGCAUUUUUAUAUGGAAAUAUAAUAAAAAAUAUUAAAGAGGAUAAGAGGUUAAAUCUAAAGCGGUGUGGGUUCGGCGCACGUGCAUUGGGCGGCCCACACCGGAUCGUAUAUUGUUGGAGCUAACUGGCAGAACGUAGCGAUGGAUCACUUGGAGCUCGGACGGCGUCCGUUUCUUCUGUCAGUGCCAUUUUAAAUAAAAGACGAUGAGUUACAAUGUGUUACAUUUCCAAACUGCACUUCGAUUGAUUGUGAGCGUGUGUCCUGCAUACUAAGAAUUUCCCACCAAUCACAUCGGUCGCCACACGUUUCUUUGAUCUAAGUAUUAAGUAUGUAAGUUAGGUAAAUAAAUAAAUAUGCAAAAAGAACAAAAAAAAAUGUACGCGCUUCAUUUGUGUGAAAUAAAUUUUUUUAACAUUGACGUUGCACUAAGUUGGUUUUGCUUUCGCUAGCGUUAUUUCACACAAUCGAAGUUCGUUUUGUAAUAUAAGGCUUUCCUGGCAGAAUGCAUAGGUAAUAAAUAUUCAAUAUAAAUGAAUUAAAGAGAACAUUUGUGUAGAGCGAAUGUUGUGUGACAAUGAGUGCAAUGUUGCGCAAAUUGAUAACUUACUGAAAUUAUACAGUGUUGGCAAUAAUCUAAUUUCAGAUAAAACGUAUAAAACAAUUUAUUCUUACAACUGUACUAUGCCCGAGAAUAGGAAUUAGAUAAUAAAUAAAAUUAAUUAUA